AUGAGUAUAUUACUAACGGGUGCGGCUGGUUUCAUUGGUAGUCACGUUGCUGUUGAAUUAAUUAACGCUGGUUAUAACAUUGUAUGUGUUGAUAAUUUCAUCAAUUCGGUGCAAGAUGAAAUGGGAGAUGCAGUUAGCUUGAAGCGAGCUGAGAAAAUUGUUGGUCAAGAAAUAUGUUUUAUUUUUGCAGAUUGCACGAAUGAACGCGAUCUUGAAAAAGUUUUUCAAAAACAUACGAUAACUGGUGUUGUUCAUUUGGCAGGGCUUAAAGCAGUUAAAGAAUCGGUUGAAUUUCCUCUCGAUUAUUACAACAAUAAUCUUUUGGCAACACUUUCGUUGCUUAAAAUGUGUAAGAAAUAUAAUGUGAAAAAUUUCGUUUUUUCGAGCAGUGCAACAGUUUAUGGAACUCCAGUGAAAUUGCCUAUAACAGAGGAACAUCCUACUGGCGUCGGUAUUACAAAUCCUUAUGGACAAACGAAAUACAUAAUUGAAAAGAUCUUAAUUGACUUAUCGAAUGCAGAAAAGGAUUGGAACAUUGUGCUUUUGAGAUACUUUAAUCCCACUGGCGCUCAUCAAACUGGUCUUAUUGGCGAAGAUCCUAAAGGAAUACCAAAUAAUUUAAUGCCUUAUAUAAGUCAAGUGGCGAUUGGCAAAUUGGAACGUUUAUAUAUUUAUGGUGACAACUUUGAAACUCCAGAUGGUACUGGAAUUCGUGAUUAUAUUCAUGUUGUUGAUUUAGCUCGUGGUCACGUUUCGGCAUUUGAUCGUAUUAAAAAAUUGGGUUCAAUUGGUUGUGAAGUUUAUAAUUUGGGAACUGGUAAAGGAUAUUCGGUUAAAGAAAUGGUCGCUGCCUUCGAAAAAGCCAGUAAUAGAAAGGUUCCAUCAGAAAUAACUACUCCACGACCAGGUGAUAUAGGUUGUGUUUAUUGUGACCCAUCGUUGGCCAAAGAGAAAAUGAACUGGGAAUGCGAAUUCGGGCUGGAAGAGAUGUGUCGCGAUCUAUGGAAUUGGCAGUUAAAAAAUCCGAAUGGAUUUUCGUCUCUUUAA